CACAGCAUUGGCGCACGAUCCUGCUCAUCUGUUGCCUUGGUGAUGGGCUGUCGACUGUCAGGGCCGUGGAUGGGCGACGGGAUGGGGGUUCACGGUCAGGAUUUGACGCACCUGCAGAAGCGAGAGGCCUUCCGUAUCCUGGCCAGCUACGAGCAGCCAAUCACACUCCAGAUCGAGGGGAGGGGGCGGAGCCUGCAGUAUAACCGAACGACGGAUUGCAGCACGCAAACGGAGCGACCGUGGGAUCCUCUCCGUCCGCACUCGUGUUCCCUGCCUCGUCUGCCUCCCUCGGACAGGAUGUACUACAAUCACAUGACCCUGCCCGUGAACCGUAGAGAGGGAAGCAGGUACGAGUAUCUGCCAAACACGCCCAGAGACCUGGAGCACAGGGAACGCCUGGCCUACAACGAGCAGGAGUUCUCCAGUGGCGUUUCUCAGGGACAGAACUGUCUGAUCGGCUGCUGCAAAACCAACUUCGAGGAGCCCAGAAGUUUCCAGAGUCAGACUGAUGAAGAUGACUACCUGAUGGAGAAGCCCCUGGGUUACCUGCCCCUUCACCACGAGCUGGACAGUGGCCUCGGCUGGACUGAUGGGAGUUUCCACCAGGGGGAGCUAUCGGGGGUGGAGACGGAAGAGGGGGUGGAGGAGUGCCACGCCCGCGGAGGAAGAGGUGGCUCGCCCUCGUCAGAGUCCUUCAUCUCGUCAGAACUCAGCGACUCUGGUUUCUACAGCGUCAGCACUGGCGAGUUCUUGCGUUUCCAGCGUCUUCUAGAGAAGCGCAUGCGCCAUUACAAUGCCCGACUACACCACCAGGGGGAGCCGUGUUCCCGCGAACGACGUGACAGCCAGAUUAAACACCCGCUGGAAGCCAUCCCGGAAACGUUGACGGUACAACCUCAAAAUGUCUGCGUGGGGUCGCGCGGAUUGUCGCGGGUGUCAUCGGUACAGUAUCGCAAGGCGGAGCGACCAUCUUUGAACAGGCAUAGCUCUAGCAGCGGCUCGCUGUUUAAUCCCGCGGUGCACUCCACGUGUAGUACGCCAUCCGGCCUGCGGCGGGCGUUGCCACAUCCGAGCUCUGUAGGGAUGCUAAGGAGGAGCCGGACACUUCACAACCGCCCUACACCCAUGGAGUACCGCAGACGCGCUAGUCACCCAGCCUCGCCUAAUUAUAGCAGCGCUACGCUGCAUCCCUGCAGCCACGGAGCCGACCUUCCCAUAAAUCUCCCCGAGGAGCCAGACUUGCCCCUGGUUAUUCACCCGGCGCUCCCUACACGGACUGCACACGCUAUGCAAGCGAUGAGCCAACCGUCCCUGAUCUCUCCCGCGGAGGAGCACUGCUACAUGCCUCCGAAUCUCCAUGAGCGCAGAAUGCAAGCAUCCACCGAUCCCGUAAUGGAGCAACCGCCUAGCAGGCAACGGUUCCACACGUUAAGCCACACGCCCAGUCAGGAUGCUAACGAUACCUGGCCGAAACCUGCUAACCGCGCGGGCUCGUGUGGAGGAGGUGGACUCUAUAGCACCUUGGAGGGACACGUUCCAACCGCAGCCACUAGAAAAAUGCCGAGUGGGAACUUGCGUGCAAUGCGGAACCAGAUGCUACGGGACAGAGCGUCCCGACUAGCGGAUGAGCGUAGCGGCAUGAGCACGGAUGAGGAGAGUCAUAGCGAGGUGCGCAUGGGUCGCUACUGGAGCCGGACCGAGCGACGCGAACAUAUGCUACAGAAACAGCAACAGCUGCAGGCUAGAGGGGGCGUGGCUACGACUGGAUUGGUGCACGGGGUCGUGGGAGGAGCCAACGUAGAUAGUUAUAAUACAGUUCUCGAGAUGAGCCAGAGGAAACUAAGUCGCCUGCGGAACCGGAAGCUACUGGACGACUGGACCACCGUAGAGGAACUCCUGACGCACGGAUCACGCCUGAGCGAAGACGCCCGGCAGCUGCCCACGUCGUUGCUAACAGUCACAACUGUAUAGCGACGCCUGCCGAGUGUGUGUGUUCAGAUGUGCGUGUGUGUGUGUGUGUUUGUGUGUGUUGGACCGCCCGCACUACACAAAGCUACCUCCUGAAAUUGAGGUUUACUGUAGAUAUACAGAU